CCGUGUUUGGCGCCAAAUUAAAAAUUAAGGAAAACAACACGAGUUAGCUUGAAAUACUUGAAAAACGGAGUUAAGUCUACUUUUUUCACAAUUAUUUGUUAUCCAAAUAAGUUAUGGCUGAUAAAGAAUCACCGAUUAACAACUUGAACCGGCUGAACCUGGCGGACGAAAGCAAACGUGCCGAUUAUUUGGACUGGAACGAGUACUUCAUGGCGACCGCUUUCCUGUCCGCUAGACGUAGCAAGGAUCCCAACACUCAGGUCGGUGCCUGCAUCGUCAAUGAGGAGAAAAAGAUAGUCGGUGUCGGCUACAACGGGUUCCCCAUCGGAUGCAGCGACGAUGAUUUUCCUUGGGGGAAAGCGUCUAACGAUCCGCUGGUUACCAAGUACCUGUACGUGUGCCACGCCGAGAUGAAUGCAAUCCUGAACAAGAACAGCUCGGACGUCAAGGGUUGCACCAUGUACGUGGCGCUGUUUCCGUGUAACGAAUGCGCCAAAAUCAUCAUCCAAUCGCGCAUCCGGGAGGUGGUGUACAUGUCCGACAAGCACGCCCACAAGAAUCACACCAUUGCCGCGAAACGGAUGUUCGAUGCUGCCGGUGUGCGCUACUGGCAGUACGUGCCAAAGAACAAGCGCAUCGUGAUCGACUUUUCCGAGAUCGAUUGGGACAACUUGAAUCAGCUGCCGGUGACUCCGGCGAAAAAACAAAACCCCACGUGACAAAUGAUUGUUAGACAAUCUGAUUUUUGAGAAGUUAAGAUUACAGUUUAGUUUAUUUGGACAGCUUUUUAUGUUGUGAACAUAAUUUAUUUUAAAAUAUACGAUUUACUCAACUCAUAAUGUUAUCAUGACAUUGUAAAUACAU